CGACGUAAUAUUCGAGACAAUCGUGCUUCAUGUGCGGCAUAUGCGCAACAGGAAGUUUUGUCCACGAUUUUCCUGACUGAGCAGGCCAGUUGCAUUCAAAUAUAGUGAUCACGAUUCCGUAGAUUUGAUAUCAGUCAACAUCCAUGGGACUUAAUAGGCUGCAUGAUCGACGCCUUAAUCGUCUUUUUCCGCUGUCGUAUGACACGAACUUCCUGGUUGCUUGAUUUAUUCUGCAUGAGUUGGGUGGACAGACUGUGAUUUGGAGGAAUUCAUGAAGAACGGGGUGAAUAUAUUCUCUUGAAACGAUUAUCAAUCACCCGGCGAAGAACAGUGAGCAAACUAGAGAAGGCUUUAGAAAUUAAUGAUGAAAUAGCACGUGGCAUCGCUGUUACCAAGUCACGUUAUAGAUAAUACGACAGUUUAUUUCCGGCUACGAAGGUCACGGUGCGAGCGUAAGAAAGUUAUAAGUAACUGCAAAGUGACAGACGUAAAUCGAGGUUGGUGGCGCUUUUGAUAAUCUACCUCCACGAAAGUUCCCGGAUGACCGCGACUGGCGACAACAGUUUAUUAUUUGGAAAACGUCUAUUAGUCGAUGUCACUCCAAGACAGUAUGCUGAGAUGCCCUGAGCAUAAUACGAUCCGCUAUGCCGACAGGUCAGUUGGGGCCACAGGACACAUUGAGCAGAAUGGGUCAGAAAUUCACCAAGGGUACUUCCAUUCAACAGUCACACCGAAUGCAACAACGAAUGAAGAGACGACGAAGGAAGGUGGACUUAUUGCAGUGUCGAAGGGGAUUUCGUUUGAGAAAACGACGGGAACUGAUAUUCGCAGACCUCAGAUGCGAGGGGAGAGAGACGGCCAGUCUACUGACAGUGGCAUAUCAGAUUUAUCCGACAAGGAAGAUGAUAAUGUAAGACACUUAUCACCAAACGUGACAAACGGUUACAUGGUGGUUACGACAGGCAAUAGGCUGCCUAAAGCUAUUGUUCUGCCGAAUGGUGAUGUAGACCAACGAGGAAGUCAUACUGAUGUCCAUGGGGUAGAAACGAACACUUAUGUAUCCAUAUCGUCGGGUAUGCAUGUAUCUGACCGUGAGCCUGUUCGAAAUAUUUCAGGCAAUGCCAGUCAUCGUGAUCGAGCUACUGGACACGCGACAAAGACCAUACUCAACCCACCCGCUGGUAUGCACGGACCUGGCAGAUUUCGAGACGAUCCAAGAAUUGACUCAAAAUACGUUGGCAUGGACAAUGCGGCAGCUGUAGCCUUAGAUCUCUCCGCUAAACGCUCAUCGAAAACAAGCUCAAAGACCGUUUAUUCCAUCCCGCCCUCAGCGCACCAACAUCCUUCGCUGUCAACACGCUUGAAUCAGCCUGAACAAGCAAUCAGGCCACCUAUUGGUCGCUUUUGUGCUGCAUUUCAGGAGAACAUUAGUAAAAGGUAUAAUCCGGAGCCGGUCAUUAUGUCGUCACCCAAGUCGCAAAAUCGCUCAAACAGUAUUGCUCCACCAAUUAAAACUCAACAAAUGUCGUCAUCCACGCCACCAAAUCGCUCGAACAGUUUUGCUCCACCAAUUAAAACUCAACAAAUGUCGUCAUCCACGCCACCAAAUCGCUCGAACAGUUUUGCUCCACCAAUUAAAACUCAACAAAUGUCGUCAUCCACGCCACCAAAUCGCUCGAACAGUUUUGCUCCACCAAUUAAAACACAACAACCGUUUCAUCCAAUAUUACACCCACAGCAACCACCAUGCGAAAUGUACGACCGGUCAAAGUUUGAUCGUGGUUUGACACAAGUAACGUCUCCUUCGCAACCUUUGAUACCGAGCCAUACUAGUAAUGGUGGUACAGGUAUUCAAGCAGGGUUCCAAGACCCCGUGGCUAGAGAAUUGUCUAACACAAACGAGUCGAGACCACUUUCUGACACAGUCAUGGAAAGACCAUGCUCGAGUGGGCGAACCACUAAAACUAAGAGAGAAGGGACUAGACCUAAUUUAAACACGGGAGUUCCAUCGCCAGUGGGUAGACCACUCUCCAGCAAUGCACCAUUGCCACCAUCGGCAAUGUCACUCUCCUAUACGGGAGUCCCAAUACAACCCGCCAGCAACGGAGUCCCGCAGCCAGUUUAUUAUGGACCACGCUUCAAUAUGUCAGCGCCUCAGCCGGUGUUAAGACCACUCUCGAAAAGUGGAAUAACAGAGCCUGCUGUUAAACCCAUUUACACUUCUCAAUUGAUCAACUCCGCCGUCCAGCAAAAUCAACUAUGCUCGAUUCGAAAAACUGUCAGUAGUCACUCCACUGGGCAUAACGUACCGAAUUGUCCAGGUUCAGAACAAAAUGGACUGAUUAAGUUUCCAAACCAACAACACCCUUCAAUGGCAAACACCUUCGAUCGAAAUCGCCCGCAUAUGAUUCCUUACUAUGGUCCACGAUUCCAACAGGGACCACCUCUACCUUGUCCUAACAACUUCCAACACCAAGCAGUCCGUACCCGUGGACCAGAUUGUGCUAACUUUUACCCAAACCAAUUCCCAACGCCAAGUGUGAACCAAUUCCAAAUGUACCAAAUGAGACCGCAGAUGAUGCCAUUUGAGAAUCAACAACAAUCUGUGCCGAGGAAUUUCGUCCCUUAUUUGAAACCGAGGAAACGGAGAUGUACUCGUGGGAAAGAUAACGCUGCUACUCCAGACAAUUCGAAUGAAAAUACUGUAAAUGAAAUCAUAGAUACUAUUUUGAAACAAUGUCAAAAUGAACUACCACCUGUCCAAGGAGAUAGGCCUGAUUCAGGUUCAGACAGAAUGGAUGCUCACCGGGAGAUACCUAUAGUAACGGCGAACAUACUGGACCAAGCCAUGAACGCCAAUCCAUUGUCAUCAUUGACGCCUGAGACUUCGACCGCGAGGUCAGGUGGCAAGGUUCAUACACGCUCAGAAGUCAAUGAUAAUGGUGGCAUUAAGAACUCUACUGCUCCUAGCAACAUACCUGGUCCAAUAUUGGGGCGUUCACCAGGGCCUGUAACAAAGAUACAAACCAGCUACAACCCGGCUCCUCGAUCUCCUGGCCAAGCUGUGGUCAAUGGUACAGUUACCACCGCAUCUUCUUCGUGCAGCUCAGUUAGACCUUCCUAUAAAUCGCCCGAAACAACAAGGAUAUCUAAUUCAGGGACAGACACUGCUAAUAACAAUAACACUGCUGAGAACGGUGAUAUGUCCUACGAAGGAUUAGGUAGGAGACUUGAAAAUCAGAAGUCCUUAGGUGUUACGAAUAUAACCGAAAAAGUAGACAGUUGCGAAACAGACAGCAGCAGAAAUCUUCCUCCGAAUCCAGCAGCAGCCGCACGCCGAAACCUCUUUGAAGAAAUGUAUGCAAGUCCGAGGGAAAGUUCUCCUUCGUCACUUUCCGAGCAGGCUCCAUUUAAACGUCCCGUACCUUCGUCAGAAUCUAAUAUUCAGAAUCAGCUGCUUACUUCCUUAGAUGUUGAUAGAAAGACCGCAUCGCCAAAUGAUCAAAGUUCCUACCACAGAAGUUUACCGAAGAAGAGGCAUCUAUUCGAAAAGCAUCUCAGUGACUCCUGUAUUUCUUCGCACACUUACUUGCAUGUGCAUGAAGGAACAUUGCCAGUUAAAAUGGCAGUGGGUGGAGCAACUGCACUGCAGGUAAAAGAUCCAGGCAUUAGUUUCACAGCACCAAAAAGUUCCGAAGAACAACACAAACGUGAUAUCGUGUCACAGUCCGAGAAUGGUUCUGAUGCAUCGAAGUCAACCAGAAUGGGUCCCCCAAACCCAUUCAAAAACGAACAGAUACCGACUUUGUCGCAGAAACAACCUCAAAACUCAAUCCAGCAGGAACAGUGGGAUAUCAAUUUAAGUGAUCCACAACUGCAAGAUAGUAGCCAACAUCCUAAGCCAGCGGCUCAAUUUCCAUGUCUCUUUAACUAUAGAUUCCGUUCGCCAACUGAUGCCGCACCUCAGAAGGCAUCACCAAUGUUCCAUGGUGAUCAGAGGCAACCGAUGGUACCACCCUGGCCACCCGUGAUGCCCUAUCACCAAGGCCAAAGGCAGAUACCCCCGUAUAGACCCCCAGGAACUCACCCAAGCUCGAUCCCCAAUACUCAGACUCGGAUGACCGCGCCAAGUUAUCAACCUCAAAGAUUUGACAUUAAAGAUGAACUUGCCACGUUUAUGAAAGAAAAGCACUAUCGAAAAAAUAGCACUAAGAUCUCAAGCAAGCCAGUGAAGGAGGACCCGCGUUAUAUCCCACUGCAGAAGCUACCAGCGCCAUAUCAGAAUCGCCCGUUAGUUUUUGUGGACCAGAAUGGAGUGGAAUGGAGGCCGGUUGAUCCAAAUUGUUCACCUCCAGUUCGGCCUUCAAAUGAUAUGCAUUUGGUGACCACUAAUUUAGCACUGGGUAUGAACGUCUCAGACAGAGCUAUGAAACAAGCCGUCCCACUAAAAGUUGGUCGUAAUAGGUGUAAUCUCCAAAACAAGUUACUGCCUCAUACAAACAACUCACAAAACGAUCAACUACAACGAGAAGUCGACUUUGUGAAAGCAGGGCAAUGUGAAAGAUUGCCUUUAAACGUGAAACAAACUGAUGUGAACGUUGACACUAUUGUAAUGAAUGCGUCUAGAUGGACCGGAGUCGACGGGAUUGUUCUCAAUGUAGACGAACAGACUCUCGGGGAUGCGCGAAGUCGAAGGAAGCGAGGGCACAAGCGCAAAGCUCGGGAGGCAGCACUUGUUCCGGAAAAUGUCUUUGUUAGGGCAAAGGAAAGACGAAAACGUCACAAGUUGUUGCCGACUCCAGAAGCACUUGCGCUUGGUGAAACAAACACAGAAGACAACGAACCUCGUUCCUUAUGGAGUCUUGCAGCAAGCGCCUUCUCUAAACUGCAGUCAAAUAAAAAUAUUCUGAAACCCGCGAACACAUCGCAUCAGGCAACAACAGGACAUACCCCUUCUGAGCCGGUUGCCACUGGAUCAAGAUUGAAAGCAAAACAACUUGAGAUAUUGGCGGAAAAUAUGAUUGCCUCUAUGGUGAGCGACGCGUGUGCCGUUAGGGAACACAGGAAAACAGGAUUACCAGGAUAUCGGGGAGGAACGAAUGAACAAAACUGGUCUCAUGAACUGGACAAACAUGCAAAUACACUCAAUCAGAAUAUCAACCCAGCGGCUGUAGCAUUGCAACAAUCGCAAAUUAGCAUUCCUAAUAUGUGUAUCCCAAGAACUGGGGACAAAAUUCGACCAUCUUCAGAGCAGGCCAUGUGGAUAUAUGCUCCCCCGAAGGAACAGACCGACGUUAGAAAGGCAACUGACGUAAAGAAGCAAAAGGUCAACGGUAUGGACACAGGAGUUACUGGUAACAAAACAAAUAUUGACGUCAGACAUUACAGGCCUAAAGGUAUGAAGAAACCUAAAGCGCGCAUUGAAGAUAUUACAGAAACUAUAAAGGAGGUUGUCAGAGAUUCUGUUUCAGGACAAUUUAGUACUGACGAGGACAUUGUUGGGGAUGCGGAUAUAGAAGUUUCCUCGAUGGGAACGAUUGAAGUUCACACUGAACCAUUUGAGGAAACUUUCACUGAAAAGGAGAAGAUCACAUCUUUGGUUGACUACGAGACCCAGUUACGUAAGAUACUCCGCCCAAAGGCUCCUGCAGUUGUCGCCGAAAUCUUGGAAGAUAUGCAGUUGGAGAUGAGGGAGUGUUUGCCAGAGGUUGUGAGAGCAGAUGAUUCAGAUUCUGAGGAUUCCUCCGAGGAAUCUUCGGAUUCAGAUUCCGAUGAUGAGGUACACCUGGGAACGGUCAUGCUUGACGGGAAGAAAUAUAAGAUGCGUGUCGUUGUUGAGGAGGAUGCAAAUCGUGACCGUGACGGAUCUGAAAGUGAUUCGGAUAGCAACGAUGAAUCAAACUCUGAGAAUAGGACAUCAUCUCCGGCAAGCCCUGACACAGCAUUUGAAGACUCGUGUGCUGACGAGGGAGUGGACACUUUUCAAGAUGUUGAAAUGUUAGAUGAGGACGACGAUGUCUUCGCUAAUACUGAGGAUAACGUUGAUUGGAAUCCUAGAAGAGGCAUAGUUUCAGUUAAUAAAGCGGAACCUGAUAGUGAUGAUGGUGAAUGGGACAUUUUUAAUAAACGUACGCAUUCAGAGACCUCAUAUUCAUCUACUGAUAAUGCGUUUGGUAGGGAUGACAGCGUAGAGGGGGAUCACAGAUUGAGUACCGAGGAAGGCGCUAUGGACGAAAUAGUUUCACAGCAGCCAGAGUUCACUUACGAAAAGUCCCAUACGGAACCACCUUUCGCCUUCGAGGACGUCAGCAAAAGCACGAAUGGCAGAGGUGCAGCCGAGACAGAAAACGAUCAAUUCACAAACACAAAAUCAGAUGAAGUGUACGUCAUCGAAGACUUCAACUACGUAGAUGAUAAUGGGGAUCGUCAUGACAGUAUUGAUGAGGAAAAAGUUACUGACGCCAUAGACAUAGAUGAAUCAGUCACACAUCAGGUAGAUAUAGAGUUUGUCAAAGUUCGGCCCCUGAUCCUUUCGCUUCCCAAAACACUGUUUGAACGGUUUGGUGUGAAUGAACACAUGUCAAGUCACAAGUCGAGUGAUGAUGAAGAGGAUUGCCACAUGUAUGCUACAGAAACUGACGUUGCAGUCUCAGUUGAGACAGCUGGAGAGCAAACUAAGCUGGACUGUCCUACACUCAGUCCCCGGGCUCUACGAGAACCCGUCUCUCCUGGACCCAGCCCCCGCUUCAUCCGAGAAGACAACUGUCCCGCGCUGAGCCCUCUGCCACUUUUGGACACACCAACAGAAAGUGAUUCAAUGCCAGUGCUGUUCCCGUGUUGUGUGGAGCAAGAGCCAACCUUGGUGAGCCCGUGUGAGGAACCGCCAAUACUGAAGUAUCUUGGCAAACCCAAGUACUCGCCGCGUUCGGAUCGUAAUGAGACGAACUCAACUCCAUACUCGACAACUAGAAAACUCUGCGAAAGACAUAUUAACUUUUCGGGGCGCUCUCGAAAGCCACACAAGAAAAAGCCAAAAAUGAUAUCGGUGUUGCCGCAAAACGACGGAUUACGUCAUGAAAAUGAAAAGGAAAACAAUGAUCGUGAUACCAGCGUGUGUAUUUCAAAUGCGUAUAUUGCGAAACCUGAGUGCAGACCAUCUCUCCGACCCAGUAGUCCAAGAGUUUCAAAAGGACGUCAUUCAGAUUUCGACUGGGGAGUAGGCGACUAUGAAAAACCAUCUGCAGGUAGGAAUAACUGUGAGCUGCGCAGCUUAGAGGCAUCGUCGGUCAUUGAAGCAAAAUCUCGUCCAUUUAGCCCAGUGAACUAUUCUUACCCGUGCCGAAAUCCUUCAGACAGGAUAUUGUUGGACUACUGCUGUCAGUGUAGGAAAAAUGGUAAACUCCGGUCGCCAAAUAGGUUGCAUUCGCUUGAUGAAAUAUGUCCAUAUUCUAGAUAUACAAAGAUUAUCGAUGUCCGACAAUAUAACUAUUCUAGUAGCGAUGAACUGGCCGAUUCAGGAGGGACACGGAAAGAACGGCUUCAAAGUUCAGGAAAUAAUGGCUUCAAAGUGGAUAUAACAAAUGAAUCAAAAGUUCAACAGAACAAUGAGUCUGAAUUUGCAUCCUAUGGCAGCUCAAAAGUUAACCCUGCGGGAACUUCUCCCUCCGAUAUGCAUGAUAUCAUUUUCAAUCGGUGCAGCGAUUUGAUAACAGAGAACGCGGCCGAAGAUAACGACAAAAUAGUGUCCAGUAUCCAGGAAAUGGCAGUAGAAACUGACGACCGAUCACAGUUUGACGGCAGUUCAAUUUCUAUGUCCGAUUGCGACACGGACGCACUUUUGAACCAGCUCGAACUAUCCAGCGACGGCACUGACUCCUCUCUCUACCGUGACGACAACGGGUGCGACGAUUUCUUGUACUCCUCCUACGAGAGUCCGCCAAGGUUGUCAGACAGCUGGAACUCGUUAAAGAUACAAAAUGAAAUAGACACAGAUUCAGAUGCUUCACAACCGCAAUCGGAAUUCGGCCAUUAUGAGCCCAAUUCCGACUUGCGUGCUGAACCAGUGUCGGAACUUUUAAACGAUCUUAAGAAAUGCUGGGUUGACCUGUGCGACAUCGGAAACUUGAUGCAAGGGAAAUCGCGGGUAAAGAUCUCUGAUUUUGUCCUGUACCACGAAAGCAUAUGCAAACCAUCACCUGGUUCAGUGUUCGAGAUAGGGAGAGACCGACAUACUGAGCGAUUAGAUCACGAGCAACGAAUUCACCAGCUUAAGAACAAACUCAAAGAGGUGCAACGACAGAUGAACUUAUACCUGAAAUAAAAUGCACGUUUUCUGUUAAUGGUUAUAAUGUGCUGAGCAGAAUUUUAGUCCCAAAACUAAAACAUUACAUAAAAUGGGACAGUACUAAUGGGGUUUCGAUUUUUAUCCAAGAUCGAGAACUGGGUGACAUUUUGACGCCGGAUAGCGCCUAGACUGUUGUCAGGAAUGUAUUGAAAUGAAAACAGACUUCUUACCUUCCCAAUUAUGAGAAACCGCAAGAAAGUAUACUUGUCAGUGCCUAAGAGGGUCUUAAGAAGGGCAGGAUGAAAAUAUAGAGAAAAAUCUCAGCCCCAAAGGCACAUGAGAAAGAGAGGAUUUUUCAAUCUAUGAUUUGUCAAAAUUAUUUUCUUUUCGUUAUGAAAUAUCUUCCACGAAUUUCACCGAGUAUCUACCCCUUCCACUCGACGUUCUUUUUAAAUAUAUAUUGCUUGCUUCAAAAUAUGGUGCUAAAUUAACACUAAGCUUGUACUACACUAGACGUUAACGAUUUUGUAUACAUGUACUUGUAGUAUAUUGAUUUUGUACAUAAAAACUGAUAACUGGACUGUAGCAUUUAGGAAAGAAUGUAGAUAUCUUUUUGAGACCUAAACAUCUCCCAACUUUAAGAUGAAUUGAAGUAUUUUGGUUUUAGUGUUGUUAUUAUUUUUAGAGACGUUUCUAGCGGUUUAGCCAUGACUUGAUGAGGCAGAAUGAAUCAAGUCUUGCUUCCAAUGAUGAAGGCCGGUGAUAGAGUUCCGAGGAUAAAGGAUUCUAUUUUAAUCUAUACUUUGCUUUUAAUCGCGGAGUUUUUGAGAGCCUGCGUCUCUCGAAACAUAGGCCGACCUUAAAUUGUCGUUAUACAAAGGACAUAGUGUGGUACGUGCAUAGUUUUCUGUUUGUCGAGAACUGGACUGGUCCUGAUGACGAUGACUGUGCAGGAUUUCCGUUCAGUCCUGCAAGGAGAUGUGUCUCAUGCAAUACUUUAUAUCACGUUCAAAGAAAACAAGAAAAGUCUGAGUUUUACAAAUUAUCAACUUUAAUUUGAGCA